UAUAAGAUAUUAAUAAUAUGUUUAGCAGCUAUAGUGGACAAUAAAAUAAUAUAUAUAUUCAUAUUAUAGUAAAACAAAUGAACGCUUGCAAUCACAUUUUACAACAUAAUAUAUAUGCUAUAGACUAUAGUUAUAAGUAUAUAUUAUAUAUCAUGUGAUACGAAAAAUUUAAAUUAAAUUACAAACUUGAAACUAUACGUCAUAUAGAACCAAGCGAACAUGAUAUUUUAUGACAUUUAUAAUUUUGUGUAUAUUUUUUUAAAUUGACAGGUAUGUGAAUGCUCAAUAAGGAAUAUAAUAUUAUAGGGUAUAAUAUUAUAUUAGGUACUAUAAUUGCAAUUAAAAAGCAUACCUAUAUAGUUGCUGUAAUAGUUGGUGGAUAUAUAUUUUGAACGUAAAUAUAUAUACACGUUAUAAUUAAAAGGUACUUAUAAUCGACUUAAUUAUGAGUCUAUAUUUAAUAUUUAAUAAAUUACACACGACACAAAUACGUAGUACAUAUUAGAUCCUUAUUAUAAUGUACUAAAUCGGAAAUUGUAUUAUAAUAUGACUAUACAUUUUAAAAUGUCUUAACAUAAAUUUGAAUUAAUAUUAUAUUACAUUUUUAUAUCAAUGACAAAUAAUUAUAUAUAAGAAUAUGUCCAAUGUUCUGUUGAAUAAUCUGUGUUAGACCUAUGUUUAUAAUUAUGACAAUGUGGUAUCACCCGUAUUAGACAAUACGCGGUAAACCAACUAUACGCCUUACCCUCGUAUUCUCUAAUGACUAGGGCAGUGAAGUCGUUGCAUUUGCAUGUUUUUUUUAAAUGGUUAUAUUUAUUGCUGAGUGAGCUUAAAAUAUGUUUCAUUAAACUCUUAAUUUAAACCUACAAAAUUUUAAAAUUUUUUAAUAUUUUAUUAUAAAUAAUAUAUUAUAAUUGGGUUAUAUUUCCGUUUCUUAUAAGAUUUAAUAUUAAGUCUCAUCAAUUUGAACGUGGAAAUCAGCUCCAAAUAAUUGAUAGGCUAACGUUUUUAUUAUUCGGUUUAUAAUAAUUAAAUGCUCCUGCUCGAACACCAUAAAUUAUAUAAUACACACACAGCACUACCGUUAAACCGGUUUGUGAAUUCCUGAUUUCCGAUAAUAAUACAAAACUCGGCGUCUCAGUGUCGCAUUCCCCUCGACUAAAAUUAUAGAGAAAAAACUGGUCACCGCUACUCAUGACUCCAUGGUUGGGAGGGGUGGGGGUGGACCCAAUACGAUCGUCGUUCGCCCGAUAUCUCAAUGGCCGACAGUUGAAACUAACCACAAACAUCGGUGCAUCGACGACGAUUUCGGCAGACUUCCAGUUAUUAAAAGAAUAAACUCAUCGUUAAACGUAAUUGGUUAAAUAAUUGUAAUAUUCGGAUGAGUAUUUUCAGUGUUUAACGACACAAUUAAAACAAAGUAAAUGACACGAUAACAGUCAAAAGAUAAGAAUCUGUACAUUAAACAAUAUAAUUCAAGUUAUGGUGAGUACCUACCAAACAUUUAUUUAAUGGUAAAUAAGAAGGUUCUCCCUUAUAAAUUAUAACAACAUUCAUCGUUAAAAUUUAAAAAUAAUAACUGCAUUGAUAUUAUAUUACCAUCCAUAUUUAAUUUUUUUUGAUACUAUAGCGUUCCUUGCUUAAUAAAAUUGUUUAUUUUCAAAUAUAUUUUUUUUAAAUGUUCAACUCGUUGAUCAAGUGUUAAAAUUUAAAUCGAUUGAAUAAUUAAGUGUCCAGAAAAUAUACGAUCACCUAUACAAUUUUUUUCAAAUCCUAAAUUCGAUUUAUCAUAAUUAUUGUAAGUCUAGCUUAAUUGCUUAUGGUGUGAAGGAUCUAUAGAUAAGGAUCAUAUAAAUUUGUGAGUAUCGUGUGUGGCUGCGUUAUCAAUAAUGUAAUGUGUAGUUUUUGAUAAUUUAAUCAUAAUAAUAGUAGGUACUAUAUUAUAGGUACUAUAUUAUUACAGAGUAUACGUUUUAUAAUAACAUACAAUAUAUGUAAUGUAUAGUGUAGCCGGUAGUCGUUAAUUUAUAUUACUUUGUUCAAUUCGUUAUAUAAUAUUCAGUGUAGGUAUGGUGUUCAAAAUUUAUCUUGACUUUUCUUUUGCCCGGAAUAAAAAUUGUGUUUCGAAGCAGUAUAUUAUCAGGUAGGCAAUCUUCCUGUGGUAGACCCCGUGCUCAUUUAACUCAAAAGUAUCAAAUAAUACUAAAUUUUAUAUAAUACGGUGGAUUAAUAUAAUCAAUUAUUACAUAACCCUAAUCUAACCUGACCGUACCUACUAAAAUCCGAUGAAUAAAAAAAACCAAAUUUAACCCUUUUUAAACUAGUCUAUAUCAUUCCCAGAGGUCUAAUUUGCACACAAACAUUAAUUUAUAUAUAAAUAUAUAUAUAUUACCGUAAAUGCCCGAUCACUGGAUAAACCUUUUUGUGCUCAGUAAAUGCUGAAGUUCUUAAUUUUAUUCGGGCUUUUACUAAACACGUUGUGUAUAUCCUAGGAUAUACGAAUUGACUUAGUAUAAGCUGAUCAAUACACGACACAUAACAUUUAAGCGAUAAGCUGCGUAAAAAUUAAAAUUAUAUAUACUUUUCCAGAAAAAAAUAUUUUUGAGUGAAUUCUAUAUAACAGCUCUUUAAAUAGUUAAAAUAUAUAAAGUGAAAGUUAUAAUUGAUAGUAAAAUAUUUUUUUUUUAAAUUAUUACAGUUCAUAUAAUUAGCAGAAUGAGCUCCUCGAUAUUUAUACAUCUGUGGAUUUGUAUUUUGGUAUUCUUACCAUCAUGUUACAGAGGUCGAGCUGAGUUCUACUUUAAAGAUGAUGGUUUGAUGAUAAAAAGAACUGACUGGUACAAACAUCUCAAAACCAAAGAAUUAGAUGAUCAUAUUAAAACAUUUGUCAGCGAUAUUGAGAGACGUGAGGAGGAUAAAUUAUGGUUUGGGUUAAAUAUGGAUAUUGGAAGCCCGGAGCAUGGACUUUUGAUCGAUUCUCAGCUUUCCGAAGAACUGUAUUCAUUAUAUAGGCAUGCUGAAAUUGUUUCUGAAGCUUCCUCCUUUAUACGCCAUAGAGAAUGUCAAGAUGGUGGAGGACAAUGUGCCAUAGACUUAUCGAAAGUGAAACUAGACAAGACAUCUUUGGGUAAUAUUUGUUUGUCCAUGUUUUACAACAAAACAGCAUGCAUCGGGAUGAACUUGAAGUAUCGUAGUCCUGACGGUUCUUGUAACAACUUGAAACGUUACUACUCGGGAAAAGCAACCACGGCUUAUAAACGUUUGCUGUUUAAUAACUAUAUUAACAGUUUCGAUAGAGUUAGGGAAGAUUCUUUUUCGUCUUACAGACCCAGUCCUAGAACGCUGAGCGUUGAAUUUGUCAAAGACGAGCACUCACCAGAUGACUUCAAAACGAUGGCAAUGGCGUACUGGACGAUUUUUGUAGGCCAUGAUCUAUCUCACACGGCAAUGUCUAGAAUGCUGACUAGUAAUAAAUCCGUGAGCUGUUGUGGAGAAAGACGGUUCCAGCUCAUACCUGGAAGCAUAUACGACGAGUUGUGCUUGCAAGUUGUGAUACCGGAUGGAGAUCCAUUUUUCCGUGUCCCUCAUCGUUGUAUGCACUACGCGCGUUCGGUGCCAGCUGUGCGUUCCGAUUGUACUUUUGGAGUCAAGGAACAAAUGAACCAAGCUACUCAUUAUUUAGAUGGGUCGAUGAUAUACGGUUCGUCGGCGAAACGGACGUGGUCGUUGAGGACCAACUUGGACGGCCAACUAUUGACAAGCAUAGGCUGCGAUAACAAGAACCAUGGCGACCAGCUACAGCCGCAGUAUAUGCCGCUGGAAGACACCGAAUCAAACGCCUGUCAGUAUGGCAGCGGCACGUGUUAUAGAGCUGGUGACAUCCGGGCAAAUGCGCUUCCCCAAUUGACGGUCAUGCACACAUUGUGGAUGAGGGAACACAACCGGUUGGCCAAACUACUGUCCCACGUCAACCCGCACUGGGACGACGAACGUAUUUUUCAGGAGGCCAGGAAAAUCGUUACGGCAUCCAUUCAGCACAUAACUUACGCUGAGUGGCUGCCAGCGCUGCUCGGGGAAAACUACACCAGGCGGAACAGGCUUGAGCUGCCGACAAAAGGCUACAGUAACGCGUACAACGAGACCACUGACCCGAGCGUCAGCAACAGCUUUGCGACCGCAAUAUUACCAUUCGCCAAUUCCAUGUUAAGCGACACCAUCAGUUUAUAUACGGAAGGCCGAAUGAUCAACGCAAGUCUUUCACUAAAGGAACAUUACAACCGACCAACUGGUUUACUAUUAAAUUACAUGGACCAGCUUGUCAGAGGGCUAUCUACACAGAAUACACAAAAAAUUGAUAUGCUAUUUACUAAAACGCUUACAAAUUACUUAUACAGUGUUUAUCCAAACCACGCGUUUGGAAUGGACAUCGUCAGCUUGGAUAUACAACGAACCCGCGAUCAUGGUAUACCAAGCUACACAGAAUUUAGAAAAUAUUGUCGACUAAAAGCUAUCAGAAGUGUACAAGAUUUAUCCAAGAUCAUGGUUGAAGGCUCAACUGAUAGACUAUUGAAGCAAUACAAACAUUGGAGAGAUAUAGAGCUUUUGGUAGGUGCAUUGUUUGAGAAACACGAAGAAGACUCAAUGGUUGGCCCAACGAUGAGAUGUAUCAUUAGAGAACAGUUUAUAAGAACUAGAAUGGCAGAUAGAUAUUUUUACGAUUUACCAAAUAUAUUCAAUGAAUAUCAACUGACAGAAAUCAGAAAAGUGACGCUUGCCAGAAUCUUUUGUGACAACAGCAAUAAUGUCACAAUGAUGCAGAAAAAAGUAUUUUUGAUACCUGCAAUGGCUGAUAUGCAACUCUGUAAUUCCCAAUUAAUUCCAAAAAUCAACAUCAAUCACUGGUCAGAGAUGGUCGAUACAUUUCAAAAAUAACUUUAAAUUUAAUAAUCAAUAAUCAGUGGAAGUACCUUCACUGGAUGGUUUGUUCCCUCAAGUAACUCAAGCCAUUGCGUUUAAUUUUAUUUAAAAAACCUACAUUAGGCUUAUUGUAGGUACUUUUUUUUAGUAUAGAUUGUGUAAGUUAUAGAUUAAAAAAAAUAAUCAAUAAUCAGCCUUUAAUCUAACCUUAUUUUCAUUUUACCUAUAUAUCUUGUUUAUAAUAAAUAUUCUUAAAUUAAUUAUGAGUCUAAAAUUUGCUAUGUUACACACUUGUAAGACGGAGACAACAAAUUUCACUGUAACGGCUAUAAAAAUAUUUUUGUCUGUCGCAGAAAAAUUAUAGUCAGGCCAAAAUACAAUCAAGAUAAAUUUUAGGUAUGUAUACUCUGCAACACCUCAAAUGACGGCUCUGCUUUUGCCCAAAUACCGAUUUUUAUGAUUUACAUAAACUACACCGUAUUAAUAUGACAAUAUGAACUACCCACACAGCAUUUGUCAAUCAAAAAAUUGUAUAAUUAUUGAAUUUGAUAUGGAUUCAGAUAUUUAAAUUUAAAAGUUAAUGAAUUAUUGAUAAAAUAUUUUAAUUUUUACGCUGUAACCAAAACAUUGAAUA